AUGUAUGCAUUGCCUACUAGUGCUGACCGUGCCGGUCACCUGUGCGUCCCGCGUGACCCAGGUAUAGGACCUGCUGCUCUAGCUACUGGUGAGGCUGCUGCUCUGGGUGCUAGUGAGUCUCCUGCUCCAGGUAGAGGUGCGGCUGCUGCUCUAGGUGCUAGUGAGUCUGCUUCCUCAGGUGCGGGUGAGGCUGCGCUCUCAGGUACCGCGUUGGCUUCGGCCUCCCUCACCUUUACACUUGACUCUGGGGCUUCUCGCUCCUUCUUUCGGGACCGCACCACACUCACGCCACUUGGUCGGCCGGUUGCUGUCUCCCUGGCUGACCCCUCUGGGGGUCCUGUCCUUGCUCACUUCUCCACUGUCCUCCCGUGUCCGGCUGCCCCCUCGGGCACCCUGUCUGGCCUGUACCUCCCCUCGUUCUCGACAAACUUGGUGAGUGGUGCAGACCUACAGGAUGCGGGGGUUCACCAGUUCACUCCUGCGAGUCAGCGGGUGACCCACUGCACGGACGCACGCACAGGCCGGCACCUGGCCACGUUCUCGCGUCGGCCGGGGUCGAGCCUCUACACCCUGACCACUGAGUCUCCUCCUGUCCCCGCGUCCGGUCAGGUAGCAGCGUCGGGUCAGGUGUUUGCUGCUGCGUCCAGGUCUGGUCCUGAGUCUGCCCCCUGUUCGUGUCGCCUCCUGUCUCACGAGACUCUUCUGUGGCACCACCGUCUAGGCCACCCCUCCUUGCCCCGUCUUCGGGGCAUGGCUUCCCGUGUCCUUGUCUCUGGUCUUCCCCAGUCUCUCCCUCCCCUUCCUUCGGGACCAGGACCUUCCUGUGUCCCCUGUGUCGAGGGGCGCCUCAGGGCUGCUCCUCACUCCUCCCAGUUUCCCCCGACAGAGGCUCCUCUGCAGACGCUUCACAUGGACGUGUGGGGCCCGGCCCCCGUCCGUGGGCAGGGUCACGAGCGCUACUUCCUGUUGGUGGUUGACGACUACUCGCGUUACACCUCAGUCUUCCCCUUGCGCAGCAAGGGUGCUGUCACUGAGGGGAUCCGCCAGACCUUUACGCUUCCGGACUCUCCACAGCAAAAUGGGAUUGCUGAGCGCCGCAUUGGCAUGGUCAUGGAUGUCGCUCGUACGUCCAUGAUGCAUGCGGCUGCCCCCCAUUUUCUGUGGCCGUUUGCGGUUCGGUACGCGGCGCAUCAGCUCAACCUUCACCCAAGGGUCUCUCGGCCCGCGAUGUCCCCAGUGUUACUGUGGACGGGGAAGGUCGGCGAUGCGUCUGCGUUCCGUGUCUGGGGAUCUCGGGCGUUUGUCCGCGACUUGUCUGCGGACAAGCUGUCCCCCCGUGCUGCUCCCUGUGUCUUCCUUGGCUUCCCCCCUGAUGCUCCAGGGUGGCAGUUCUACCACCCCUCCUCUCGUCGUGUUCUGUCCUCCCAGGACGUCACGUUCGACGAGUCAGUCCCCUUCUACCGCCUCUUCCCCUACCGUACUCCUUCCCUCCCCCCCCCACCGGACUUCCUGGUGCCAGUUCCCCCCCCAGUAGACCCCCUCCCCCCUCAGGUUCCUACCCCUUCAGGUGUGUCCCAGGUAGACACAGUCGAGCCAGUCGAGGUUGCUGCUGAGUCUGGUCCUGCUGCGGGUGCAGAGUCUGGGGGUGCUACGCCUGCGGGUGCUGAGCUUGGGGGUACUGCUGCUGGGGGUGCUGAGCCGGGGGGUGCUACGUCAGGAGCUGCUGAGCCUGGGGGUGCUGAGCCUGGAGGUGCGGAGCCUGCGACUGCUGGGCGGGAGCCGCUCUCUCCACAGGAGCAGCGCGAGUGGUUUGCUCGCCGCUGGAGGCGUGCUGCUGGAGCUGGAGCUUCUUCGCCUGCUGAGGGUGCUGCCGGUCCCGGAGCUGCUGGGCCUGCGAGUCCUACUGGAGCUGGAGCUACUGAGUCUGGGGGUGCUGAGUCUGGAGCUGCUGAGCCUGGAGGUGCUGAGUCUGGAGCUGCUGAGCCUGGGGGUGCUACGUCUGGAGCUGCUGUGCCUGGGGGUGCUGAGUCUGGAGCUGCUGAGCCUGGGGUUUCUCCUGCUGCUGCGUCUCGCCGGGAGCCCCUCUCUCCACAGGAGUUGCGCGAGUGGUUUGCUCGCCGCUGGAGGAGUGCUGCUGGAGCUGGAGCUUCGUCGACCGCCGAGGGUGCUGGUGCUGCCGGUCCCGGAGCUGCUGGGCGUGCGGGUCCUACUGGGGCUGGAGCUGCUGAGGGUGUUGGUGCUGAGACUACUGCUGUCUGUCCUGGCGGUGGUUCUGCUGCUGGUGCUGCUGGAGGUCCUGCCGCUGGAGGUGUUGGUGGCACUGGUGCUGUCGCUGAGGGUGCUGGUGCUAUCCCUGCUGAGUCUGGAGCUGCCGCGCGGCCUCGGCCGUACUUCGUUCCGCUCCUACAGCAGGUUCUUGGUCUUUCUCCUUCGGUAGAGUGUCCACAGCCAGUCCAGUCGCAGUCACUGUUGGAGCCUUCCUCUCCUCUGCCUGCUCCCUCUCCUUACACUGGUCCUACUGGAGGUCUUGCUGAGCGUCGUGAGCCUGCGUCUCGUCCCGCGUCGCCGGUUCGUGCUGCUCGCGCUAGUGGUCGCGGUUCGCGUCAGCGUCCUCCUCCUGUCCCUGGCACGCACCGGAUGUCUCUGCGUCCGUCCACUGCUCCUCUGCGUGCCCCUUUGCCUUCUCCUCCUGAGUCCUCUCUUCCUGCGCUUGCCGACCCUGAGUCGGACUCUCUUCGUGCUGCCAGUCCUACUGUCACGCGUCUGCUUGCUACUGUCGUCACUGACCCCUCUUUUGAGUCCACUGCUGCGUCUGCUCUAGUCGCUGAGCUCGUUGACUUUGCUGCUCGCUGUCGUCUCGACUGCUCUGCUAGUCUUGUUGCUGAGUCUGCGUCUGUCUGUCCUCCGUCCGUCGGGGGUGAGUGUGCUCUUGGCACGGACGUCCUAGAGGACAGGCAGGAGGAGUUACAGUGUCUAGCGGCUGCUUCACCUCAUCUCGCGUCUGUACUGCUUGCCCCUGAGGGAGACCCGGAUGCACUAGACAUCCUGACUCCGCGUUCUUACGCGGAGGCCGUAGAGGGUCCCUACUCCUCUCAGUGGCAGGCAGCUAUGGAUGCAGAGAUGGCUUCCUGGAAGUCCACAGGCACCUACGUUGACGCGGUUCCCCCUCCUGGGGCGAACAUCGUCAGUGGCAUGUGGAUCUUCAGGGUGAAGCGGCCGCCGGGCUCUCCACCUGUCUUCAAGGCACGGUACGUUGCUCGUGGCUUCAGUCAGCGGCAGGGAGUUGACUACUUUCAGACCUUCUCUCCCACCCCGAAGAUGACCACUCUUCGGGUGCUGCUGCACAUAGCCGCUCAGCGCGACUACGAGCUUCACUCUCUCGACUUCAGCACUGCGUUCCUGCAGGGUAGCCUGCACGAGGAGAUCUGGCUGCGCCGUCCACCUGGCUUCACUGGGACUUUCCCUCCUGGCACCCAGUGGAGCCUCCGACGGCCAGUCUACGGUCUCCGCCAGGCACCGCGUGAGUGGCACGACACACUGAGGACUACGCUUGCGGCUCUUGGGUUUGCUCCUUCUACUGUUGACCCGUCGCUGUUUCUGCGCACCGACACUUCACUGCCGCCGUUCUACAUCCUCGUGUACGUCGACGACUUGGUCUUUGCCACAGCGGACACUGCUGGACUCGCCUACGUGAAGUCCGAACUGCUGAAGAGACACACGUGCAUAGACCUGGGUGAACUGCGCAGCUACCUUGGCUUGCAGAUCACUCGGGACAGAGCACGCCGCACCAUUACCUUGACUCAGUCACACAUGGUGCAGCAGGUCCUUCAGCGCUUUGGCUUCACGUACUCCUCGCCUCAGGCCACUCCUCUGCCUACUCGCCACUCACUCUCAGCUCUGCCUUCGGAUGAGUCCGUAGAGUCGAGUGGUCCGUAUGCAGAGCUUGUUGGCUGCCUCAUGUACCUGAUGACCUGCACACGACCUGACCUUGCAUACCCUCUGAGCAUUCUUGCACGCUAUGUUGCUCCUGGGAGACACAGACCAGAGCACAUGGCUGCAGCGAAGAGGGUAUUGCGCUACCUGUGCAGUACGUCGGGCAUGGGGCUCGUGCUUGGAGGGCGGAGUCCAGUAGUCCUUACCGGCCACGCGGACGCUUCUUGGGCUGACGACCAGGCUACGCAGCGGUCGUCACAGGGUUACACCUUCAGCCUUGGUUCCGGCUCUGUCUCGUGGCGGUCUACUCGCUCGUCUUCGGUUCUCGGCUCCAGUUGUGAGGCUGAGAUCUACGCCGGGGCCAUGGCUGCACAGGAGCUUCGCUGGCUCACCUACCUGCUGACUGACCUUGGAGAGCCACCUUGUUCUCCUCCAGUGCUGUACGUAGACAACAAGGCCAUGCUGGCCUUGUGUCGAGAGCAGCGCUUGGAGCACAGAACGAAGCACAUUGCUCUCCGCUACUUCCUUGCUCGUGAGCUGCAGCAGCGUGGUCAGUUGCGACUUGCGUACGUGGCCUCUGAGGCCAACACUGCUGAUGUGUUCACCAAGGCACUCGCGCCUUGUGACCAUCAGCGCUUUUGCACCCAGCUGGGUCUUGUGCGUGUCUUGCCUCACUUGCUCUCCUCUUGA